UUUUAUAAUAGUUUCACUGAAUGAAAAACAAUCUUAAAGAUUUAAUCAAGAUGAUUACACCAAAGUUCUUAUAUAUUUUUAUAAUCGUUAUUGUAAUGUUUUUCAAUGGAAUUGAAUCCGAAGAUUUUGUUACACUAAAUAUUACAAAAGACAAAUCUGAUAAAAAUAUUAUUCGUCCCAUAAUACCCCGAUGUCCUCAUAUUCCAUGUACUUUACUAUAUAGAUUCGGAUGCCAUGUAACGAAAGAUAAUUGUAAUGGCACUUAUGUGCCAGCGUUUACACGAUGCAAUUGUUGCCCUCUUUGUGAAGGUAAUCACCUUUAAGGCAGUUGGUGC